AUGGAAUCAACCCUUUUCUCACUCAUCGCCAUCUUCGCUCUCGUCCAGAUCUCUGGCCAAAACUGCCCAGCAUUUGCUCCAAAUGUUGCCACCUCCUCGUUGAAAUCGACAGGAACCGGCCCUCCAAGCAGUGGAACAACUUGCCCAAAUGGAGGAAUCUGUUUUGCCCUGAAUGGUGUUGACAGCUGCUAUGUGUGUGCCGACGCUUCAUCAAGUUGCUCUAACUGGAACACGAAUGGCUUGUGCUCAAGCACUUUCUACACCACACAAUACAAGCGAUCCUAUUGUCCAAAGACUUGUGGCUUCUGC